GAUUGGCUCAACGCUCGUACCACGGGUACUCUGCUCCUUCAGCGUGUGUUAUCAGUGAAAAUGGCGAGCUGGUGUGUCCGAGCUGUGAAACAGAGCUACUCAGUUGUAGCAUCUCCUUCAUUAAUAAGGGCGUCCCUGCGGCUCCUAUGCACAGCAGCCCAGCAGAAAAGCGGCCAGGGGUUGGAGGAGGACCAGAAUGCUGAGCAGAGCGCUGCGGAGAAGGUCCUGGCCGAGGAGAAGGGCCAGCUGGAGGAGCAGCUCAAAGAGGUCACGGACAAGUACAAGCGGGCCCUGGCAGACACGGAGAACCUCAGGAUGAGGAGUCAGAAGAUGGUGGAAGACACAAAGUUGUAUGGAAUCCAAGGGUUCUGCAAAGACCUGCUGGAGGUGGCAGACAUCUUGGAGAAGGCGACAGAGAGCGUGCCCAGUGAGGAGGUGUCCUCUCAGAAGAACCCCCACCUGAAGAACCUGUACGACGGCCUGGUGAUGACCGAUAAACAGAUCCAGAAGGUAUUCACCAAGCACGGCCUGGUCAAGCUCAACCCAGACGGAGGGCAGAAGUUCAACCCCUAUGAGCACGAGGCUCUAUUUCACGCCCCUGUGGAGGGUAAAGAGCCCGGCACGGUCGCCAUAGUAACCAAGGUGGGCUACAAGCUCCACGGGCGCACCCUCCGGCCGGCGCUGGUGGGCGUAGCCAAAGCCCCUUGAGAAAAAAAAAAAAGAGAUUCCGUAUGACCGUGAUGAUGUCGUUGUUGCCUGGGUGACAGAUCAGCCUGGCUACUGCAGGCUGGUCAAAGCACCCCAACUCUCCUUCCCCCAACCCCCCAACCCCAACCCAACCACCUAACGUUGCCUCAGAGGUGGGAAUCCAACUUCAACUGAUAUUAUUAUGGACAUCAUCACAGCCUGUUUUGACCUUGCAUACCGAUUCUCCGCCCUUCUCCGGAACUGUGCACACUCCCCGUUGUAGAUUACAAAGCAUUGGAUUGGUGGGAGUUUUCCGGCAUUGUUAAAAUCCAUGACAGGGAGUGAGCAAGUGUAUACUUCAGGAGAAGGAUGGAGAAUUGGACCACAGCCCAUGUAUCUGCCAGGCGCAAAUAUGUUUUAGCAGAAGUAACACUGUAGAGCACAGAACCAGUUUGACAAAGUCAUUUCUGUCGUAUUUCAGGGUCAGAUUCCAGUCCAUUCUUUGUCCAGUCAUUGUAAUUGUUUUCUCAUGUUAUGGAUGGGAGAAUGUAAUGUACCUCAUGAUUAUAUACCAAA